AUGGUAGCCUUACAAGUGCAUUUCUUGCUGAUUCCAUCCCUCAUGAGCAUCAUGGGAGCAGCACAGUACAUGAUGCAGGAUGCAGCCCUGCUGAGCUACAUUGACCAGCGUUUUCUGUCUCUGGAGAAGAGGCUGGAGAAGUGCAGCCAAGACGUGCUGGAAUACGUGGAUGAGUUCCGGGAGUUCUCCAAGGCGGUGCUGUCCCGCCUAGCAGGGCUGAGCUCCGACAAAGCUGAGCUUAAGGGGGAAGUGGAGAAUUUGCUAACGAGGGUCGAGCACGCCCAGAGGGACAUCGACUAUUUUGGAUCUGUCAUGGACUCCAAUGCCUGCGUGGAAGUGCACGAGGACCUGCUGAAACAGCAGCUGCUGGAAGAGGCAGAAGAAAAAAAGAGACUUAAACUCAUGUUUAAUGCAAGUUGUGACCACAUGCUUGCAGGUAUUAGGUCCCUGAAGGUAGUUAAGAAGACUGGAGGGAAGCAUGGCUCUUGGAUGAAAGAUCCUGGCAAAAAGCACGGGAAGAUUUAUUUGCUAAGUGGCUCUGUAAAUAAUGUGAUUUUGGAAUUUGCCAAUAUCAUGUCUUUCAUGGAAAAUAACCAGACUCUGAAGGCUCGCAGAGUCCCCUUGCCACUGCCCUGGGAAGGAACUGGCCACGUCAUCUAUCAGGGCUUCCUCUUCUACCACAGACACGGCUCCUUGAACGAGAUAGUGAAACUCAACAUCCAGAGAAGAAAGGUGGCUGACCAGAUGCUGCUGCCAGGGGCUGGGAGGAUUCCUGCCUACCAGCUCUCUCCACAGACAAAAAUAGACCUGGCUCUCGACGAGCAGGGGCUGUGGGCCCUCCACGCAGAACCAGAGACCGGGGGGAACAUCGUCCUCACCAAAAUCAACCCCGCAGCCAUGGCCGUGGAGCACAGCUGGGACACGCCCUGCAGCAGCCGGGAUGCUGAGGCAGCUUUCAUGGCCUGCAACACCCUCCACGUGGUCUACAACUCUCCUUCUGGGGGCUCCUCCCGCAUCCAGUGUGUCUAUGAUGUUUUGGGUGCUCUGAAUGCUCACACAAACCCAGGGCUGCACUUCCCAAAACGCCAGGGUGGCCACUCCACCAUACACUACAAUCCUAAAGAAAAGCAGCUCUUCGCUUGGGGUGAUGGAUCCCAGAUCAUUUACAAACUUCACACAGAGCAGAAAGUUUAAAACCUUUAGCAGCUUUUCAAGCAGACCUAAAAGCCACCAGUCCCAGGCCAACACAGCCUUUUAAUGUGUAUUACAAUUACAUUAUUCCCAGCUGUUACAACAUUCAUACAUUUUACAUAACUUAAGACUUAUGCACCCAGUAACCUUAAUGCCCAAUAAAGAAGAGGUGAAGACUGAAUUAAUAUAAAUUACACAAUGACUAAACACCACACAUGCACAACCCAUCUCCCCCUGCCUCCAAAUUAAAGUCUA